UUGAGAGAUGCAUGAGUGUAAUGCAGUCCGGGACACAGAUGAUCAAACUGAAGCGUGGGACCAAAGGCCUCGUCCGGCUCUUUUACCUGGAUGAGCACCGGACCCGCCUCCGAUGGCGACCUUCUAGGAAGAGUGAGAAGGCAAAAAUUCUUAUUGACUCCAUUUAUAAAGUCACCGAGGGCCGGCAGUCUGAAAUAUUCCACAGACAAGCUGAGGGGAACUUCGAUCCUAGCUGCUGCUUCACCAUCUACCAUGGCAACCACAUGGAGUCCCUGGACCUCAUCACCUCCAAUCCUGAGGAAGCACGCACCUGGAUUACCGGCCUCAAGUACCUGAUGGCCGGCAUCAGUGAUGAGGACUCCCUCGCCAAGAGGCAGAGGACCCAUGACCAGUGGGUGAAGCAGACCUUUGAGGAGGCUGAUAAGAAUGGCGAUGGCUUAUUGAAUAUUGAAGAGAUACAUCAAUUGAUGCAUAAACUAAAUGUCAGUCUGCCCCGAAGAAAAGUCAGGCAAAUGUUUCAGGAAGCUGACACAGAUGAGAAUCAGGGAACUUUGACAUUUGAAGAAUUCUGUGUGUUUUACAAAAUGAUGUCAUUGAGGCGAGACCUAUAUUUGUUGCUCUUGAGCUACAGUGAUAAGAAAGAUCAUCUAACAGUGGAAGAACUGGCUCAGUUUUUGAAGGUGGAGCAAAAGAUGAAUAAUGUGACAACAGACUAUUGUAUUGACAUCAUAAAGAAGUUUGAAGUUUCAGAAGAAAAUAAGGUGAAAAAUGUCCUUGGCAUAGAAGGCUUCACGAGCUUCAUGCGCAGUCCUGCUUGUGACGUGUUUAAUCCCUUGCACCAUGAGGUGCACCAAGACAUGGAUCAGCCUCUGUGUAACUACUACAUCGCUUCCUCUCACAACACGUACCUGACUGGGGACCAGCUCCUUUCCCAGUCCAAAGUGGAUAUGUACGCGCGGGUGCUACAAGAGGGCUGUCGCUGUGUGGAAGUUGACUGUUAUGGCCCAGAUGGAGAGCCAGUAGUACACCAUGGAUAUACCCUUACUUCAAAAAUUCUCUUCAGAGAUGUUGUGGAGACCAUCAACAAGCAUGCCUUUGUGAAGAAUGAGUUCCCGGUGAUAUUGUCUAUUGAGAAUCACUGCAGUAUCCAGCAGCAAAGGAAGAUUGCACAGUACCUGAAAGGGACAUUCCAGGACAGACUGGACCUGUCGUCUAUAGACACAGGAGAAUGCAAGCAGCUCCCAAGUCCUCAAAGCUUGAAAGGCAAAAUCCUAGUGAAG